AUGUUUGCAUGGGAGCUCGAAGGACUCAAAAGACUCAAAAUCGAGGCUAUCCGAUGGGGAAGCAGCUACAGAGUCAAGGUGCGAGGUAAAACGGGUAAAAUUGUAUAUGUGAGCAACCUAUCUCGCCCAAGCGACCGUAAGCUUGUAGCUAAGCAGUAUGGUAUCAGUGAGGAUAAGUUAAGCACUCAUCUAUCGUCAGACUACAAGGCUGAUCCUAAGUACCGCUUCUACAGUGGCAACCACAUGGAGACGCACAUUUACGAAAACAUUCAGCCAGGUGAAUUUUACGACAAGCUCGAGAAUGUUCUCAACUGUCAGCAGAAGGCUUCGAAGGUUAAUAUCGCAAUUGGCUACAUUCUAAUCAUUAUCCCGAAGGUGAUCAAAGAUAUCAAAUCUCUCAUCAACUUUCCCAAGACAAACAACAAAUGUCCACUUGACAUCCUCCAGUUCGAUGAUCUUGAGGAAUACUUCAAGCUUGCUAUUAAUGUCUACACACACGACAUUGAAAGUGGCAAGACGGAGCGCAUUCGUCAGUUGGAAAAUAACUACGAUACGAUCAACAUUCUUUCACACGAGAAGCACGCACUCUAUAUCAAAGAUAUCGACAUGUUCUUGUCCAAGUACCAAUGCCCAAAGUGUGAGUGGUUUUCACUUCCGCAGAGAAGCUACGAAACCACAAGAAAAAUCAAUGUGAGGAGCAUCACCGAGGAGGAGCGAUGUUCUGUUGAUAACCAACCGCGUGAGCUGCUCGCAAAGAUGUUUGUGUACAUCAAGUCAAUUGUGGCAAAGGUCUUUAAGUACAAUAUUGUUAAGUACGAGACGCUAAUUCGUAAGAUCGUCGAGGCUCAUGGUCUUACUGGAAUGGAUAUUCCUGGGGCUCCUCUCGGAACAACUUACAAGCUAAAGGACAUCAACCAGUGGAUCGAAGAGGGGAAAUACUCCAGUUUCUUUGACUUCUGUGAUCAGGUAUCGGGUACUCGUAAGACCGAUUAUGGUAAGCUGAUGCAAUUGCUAAAGCAAGUACCUGUUCUCGGCUUCAAUAGUGGUAAAUACGACAUUAACCUUAUCAAGAAUGAUCUGUUUUCCGUCUUAGGUACGGACAAUACUGUGUCAGUUAUCAAAAACCCAAACUACAUGUGCAUUGCAGCCAAUGACAUGAAAAUGCUUGACAUCAGCAACUACGUACCUGCUGGUACCAGCUACUCUAAGUAUCUGAGUACUUACUUCGGCGGCUGUCAAUGCGAUGACAAGAUUCGCUGGGUAUGUGGCCUGGGUAAAGGUAUCUUCUGCUACGAGUACAUCACCGAUUUCAGCGUACUUAGUCGUACUCAGAUUCCACCUCAAUCAGUUUUUGACAGUAAGCUCACAGGUACCAAAAUUUCGCAUGAGGACUAUGAGCGCGUAAAGUUUGUAUGGGAGCACUGCAACAUGAAAUCUAUCAUGGAUUUGCUAAUUUGGUACAACGACCUUGAUGUCAAACCAUUUGUCAAGGCUCAACGUGAGCUAUUCAAGCGUUUCGAUCUGGAUAUGUUCGCAGAUGGUGUGUCUUUUCCUGGUCUGUCUGAGAAGGUAAUGUAUCAGACAUGCUUCAGUAAGCUCACCAAACCAUCAAGAAAGCCAGCCGCAUCUUUCAACUUCCCAGAACACAGAUAUCUGGGGUACAUUGAGCAAGAUAAGAAAGCUGAUCGACAGUUUGCAAUGACUAUUAAACACCUGAACGAACUCCUUCAGAAGCAGAAAUAUCUCUGCGGUCUAUGCUACUGUCAACUAAGCGUCGAAGCUGUUUCAGCUGAUCGUAUCAACAACAAGCUGGGGCACCAAGACGGCAACAUUUUAAUCUCGUGCACUAAAUGCAACAGUGCUCGUAAGGAUAUGAACUUAAAGGCAUUCCGCUUUCAGAAACUGCUUCGGGUGCUAAUUAAAACAUAUUAUUAA